UUCCUUUUUGCAUUCGUUUUCCGGCCUCUCCAUUGAAGGGCACCAGUUUAUUUGAAGAGCUCGAGUUUGCUCGUUCGUGUACAAUAAACAUGGGUGGACACGACGCUGGGACGCAACAUCAGUUCACUGGCAUCGCCAAGUACUUCAAUUCAUACUCCAUUACUGGCAGGAGGAAUUGUGUGUUGGCCACAUACGCCAGCAUUGCUGCCAUUAUCCUCUUCUUCAAGUUGAAGCCCAAGAAGCAGAAGGCAGUAAAGUAAAGUUAACGUAUAAGACAUUUUUGUUAUAUGCGGAGGGGUAUGGGAAGCUAGAUGUCCUUGUAUUAUCACUUCAGUUCUAUGUAAAGAAUAAAAGAUCACUUACACCAA